AUGGCAUCGGCGGCUAGAGGCGCCAAGAGACGCCACCCGAUGAGUAGAAAAAUGCUCAUCCUCUACUUCACUUCCCUCUCAUGCGUUUUCGUUUUACUCCUCGUUUCUCUCUUCAGAUUCCACUCUCACAAACCCUCAAUUUCCGUUUCUCGCGUCUUCGAUGGCACUCCCAAGAUCGCUUUUUUGUUCCUCGUUCGCCGCAACCUCCCUCUCGAUUUCCUCUGGGACGCUUUCUUCCAGGUUUCGCAUCUUUUUCCUUUCAUUUCCUUAUACUCUGAAAUUUGGGCAAUGUCUGAAUGGUUUCUAUUUUCGCAGAACGGCGACGUUUCGAGUUUCUCGAUUUAUGUUCACUCCUCGCCUGGGUUUGUUUUGGAUGAGUCAACCACCAGGUCGCAAUUCUUCUACGGUCGACAAAUCAGUAAUAGCAUUCAGGUUUUAUGGGGAGAAUCAAGUAUGAUUCAGGCUGAAAGAUUGUUACUGGGAGCAGCCUUAGAGGACCCUGCAAAUCAAAGAUUUGUUCUUCUUUCGGACAGCUGUGUUCCUCUCUACAACUUUUCCUACGUGUACAAUUAUGUCAUGGUUUCUCCAAGGAGUUUCGUGGACAGUUUUCUUGAUGUAAAGGAGGGCCGCUACAACCCAAAAAUGUCACCUAAAAUACCACGGGAAAAAUGGCGUAAAGGGUCUCAGUGGAUCACUGUAAUUCGUAAGCAUGCAGAGGUGAUUGUAGAAGAUAAUGUAAUCUUUUCUGUCUUUAAGAAAUAUUGUAAGAGACGUCCACCAAUUGAUACAAGCAAGGGAAAGCUGAAUCUGAAACUUCAGAAGCAGCACAAUUGUAUUCCAGAUGAACACUAUGUGCAAACCUUGCUGGCAAUGCAUGGCUUUGAAGGCGAACUUGAACGAAGAACGUUAACCUAUACCCUAUGGAAUCAGUCUUCUACAAAAAUGGAGAAUAAAGGCUGGCAUCCUAUUACUUUCAGCUAUUCAAAUGCUGGUCCUCAAACGAUAAAGGAAAUAAAGGGCAUCAAUCAUGUUUAUUAUGAGACUGAGUACCGGAUAGAAUGGUGUCGUAGCAAUUCCACGUCUGUUCCGUGCUUUUUGUUUGCCAGGAAAUUCUCUCAGGGAGCUGCUAUGCGCUUGCUAAGCCAGGAAGUUGUUAACCACUUUGAAGUUUCUGCACUGCCCUCUCCUUGCCCCCCAAAUUUCGAGAAAGGAACUGAGGAAGGCCAUGCUGGGGACGUGCUUCCCAAACAAUAA